AUGGUAGAAAUGAAGGAGGAGCGCACACAUAGUCCGGAACCACCUCGAGUGCCCUCUCAAGCACCCAUGCAUUCGAAGCCGGUCGUGAUCCCGCCUCGCACGCCCGCAAGAACGGGCACUGCGACCGCGACCCAGUCCGUGAAAGUCAGAGGCCACAACGGAGGGAGGCCACAGCACGCGUCCAAGAGACACAACCCCGAUGCUAUUCCACCAGCCGUUGCAGCGCUGCUGGCUGUUACGGCAAUCCCCAAGAUGCCCCCGCGCCGCCGCAAAGGGUCCGCCAUGGACAGGAGGAUAUCCAUGGACCAGCUCAUCCAGGAGUGGAAGCAAGACGAGUCGGAGCUUCCGGCUUCAAUAGUGGGUUCACCGUUGGAUCUGCUCCUGGGACGCGUCGAUGAGUCGGAGGAGGAAUAUGGCAGCCUGGCGAGCGAGGAGCAAGAGAAGGACUUUGCACAGUCGGUAACAGAUCGAUCCAUUUCAAGCGACUCUCUAUACACAAUACCACCGUCUCUGGAUACCAACGCGCCGUCUUUUACUUCACAUUGGGAUGAGCUGAGCACCCCGGAUUCAUAUCAGAGAUCACUGCCGGACCGCCGCGGGAAGGUCGUGUCCUCACCACCAACCGAGGACUGCGUCCUGGAUCAUCCACUGCUACAUUUCACAUCUGAGGAUUGUGAAGAUAUUGCGAACUACGACCUCCCAGAUGUGGUCACCCCGUCGCCUCCCUCCUCGGAGAGGUUCAGGUCGUUCAAGUCCAAUCUCACUGCGUCACUGCAAGCACUCAAGUCCGCGGCCAAGUCAUUUUCCAACUUCACAGCACCAAGCGUUCCGCCAGACGAUCUACUUACAAGAUCAUUACUAUCACCAAAAUUCACCAGCGAGAUGCGCCCGAAACACAUCCAAGGACUACCCUCUCCAGAACUACGUCGCUAUCUCAACCCGCCAUCUGCACCCGUCUCGCCCACCGAAUUAUCAAUGCAGCUCUACGACGCCCUCGCCAUGAACGUAGACGAAGACCCCUCCGCGCCCAUGAUCCAAAUGCAAACGUACGAACGACGUAACCGCUCACGCGGCCGGCGAAAAACCUCCGACCCCUUCACCGAAGCCGGCCGCGCGCAGUCCGAACCCCCGGCCGUCCGCCAGCGCGAACCCAGAGAAAACAGCGACUUCCUCCGCGUCAUCGUCCUCGAGAUGAACAUGCGGCGCGUCGGCAAGCUCGACGCAAAAGCCGUGGGCAAGGCGCGCAUCUGGCUGCCGCCUAGGAAAUCUGGCGCUAGACAAGCACCUUCCGUUCAGAGCGCCGCGAGCCGUGUGCCGGAUAGAUGGAACGCGGUUCUUGCGGAGGAGGUGUAG